CUGUUUACAAACAGUGUUACCACCCCCGCACAAUUUUUCGGAGAUCUGUACAAAGGAGAAAACAAUAAAUCAAUUUUGUAACAUAGAGUGCGAUUAAAAAAAUAGAAAUAACAAACUGGGAAAAACCAGGUCGCGCCUUGUAUCCGCGCUCUGACACUGUUCUUUUUGUCGUCGUCGCGAGCAAAAACUGACGUCACGUCAACGUAGAACCGGCACCCGUCACGGCCACCGCCACCGUCAACCGUCAUCGUUGCCGCCGCCGCCGCGUAUGCCGCAUAUCUUCCGCCCGCCCCGAAUCCCAACAUACACAUCUCUCUCCCCACCAAUUGUCAAGUAACUAAAGAACCGUGGAAGACAACGCAGCGGAAAACGUUGACGCCGCCGCCGCUAACGCUGCCGCUGCAACAACAUCAUCAACAACAACAACAACAACAUCAGCAGCAACAACUGCAUCAGCAACAACAACACCAACAACAACAAGCUCAGGCUCAAGCUCAGCAACAACAACGCCAACAACAACUGCAUCAUCCACGAUGCCCGGAGCCGGAACAUUCAAAUUGUUCAUCGGUAAUGUCGAUGAGAAAACCCAGGCCACUGAGCUACGGGCGCUCUUUGACAAAUACGGUACAGUUGUCGAAUGCGAUGUGGUGAAAAACUAUGGCUUCGUUCAUAUGGAGACAGAGCAGCAAGGUCGGGACGCUAUACAAAAUUUGAACGGUUACGUGUUGAACGAUAACGAAAUCAAAGUGGAGGCAGCCAAAAGUCGACGCGCCCCCAAUACGCCGACGACGAAAAUCUUCGUGGGAAAUUUAACCGAUAAAACGCGUGCGCCGGAGGUGCGUGAAUUGUUCCAAAAAUACGGAACGGUAGUGGAAUGCGAUAUUGUACGGAACUAUGGUUUCGUUCAUUUGGAUUGUGUCGGUGAUGUUCAGGAUGCAAUUAAGGAUUUGAACGGUCGCGUUGUUGAUGGCCAACCAUUGAAGGUGCAAGUAUCGACAAGUCGAGUGCGCCCCAAACCGGGUAUGGGUGAUCCGGAGCAAUGUUAUCGUUGCGGACGUUCCGGUCAUUGGUCGAAAGAAUGUCCGCGCUUAUAUGGUGGCAGUGCUGGAGGCGGAGGAGGUGGACGUGGUGGUGGUGAACCGCCAUCACCUCUCGGUCCAGGCUACAGAGAUCGCAUGUACGGUCGGGAUCCGUUUCCGCCGCCACCGCCGCCGCCGCCGUUUUUGCGUGAUCGCAUUAUGGAUGGCUUUAGGGACUAUGAUUACUAUGAUACACGACGCUUCGAGGAUCGCGAUCUCUAUGAGCGUCGCUAUACAAGCGCACGAAUGCGCGAUUUUCCGCCGCCUCCAAUUAGACGUGAACCAAUGCCAUUGCCCCCGACUCUGCGAUCGUGCAGUGUCUCGCGAAGUAGCUAUGACACCAUGUUCAGUCGUCGGUCGCCACCGCCGCCGCGCAGCAAUGGGAUGAGUCGUUAUGGUUCACCCACACCACAUGGGUAUGAGGAUUUCAGUCGUGAUUCCUUUGAUGAUCGUAUGAUCUCGUCACGUGGAAUGCGCGGUCCAUCGCCGCCUGGGCGUCGUUAUGCGCCCUACUGAGAUGAAGUUUACUAUUAUGGCAGCAGAUGAGCAACAACAACAACAACAACACCAACAGCAGCAGCAGAACUAGUGACAACAAUUCACUUUUCACACAACAGCAAUAACAGCAGCAUUAUAAGUAACAGCAAUAACAACAACAAAAACAACAACAAUUGUGCAACUUUCAACAAAAGAGGAGGAGCACAUUCAUCGACAUAUUGGUUCCUCUGUUGGUCGCCAGCAAAAAGAGCAAUAUCGUCGACGUCAUCGACUUCGGCUUUAACAACAGCAACUACUGAGCCUGUUGCCUUUCUUAAGAACCUUUUUACACACACACACACACACACACACACAAACGGACAACUGACACCAUAGAUAUCCUUUUUUUUAUUUUUUUUUAUCAUUGUUUUGACUGAACCGCGUAUUCCGAUUUAAUACGGGCCAAGACCUUAACAACUUUUGUGGUUAAAGGAGGAGAUUGGGAAUAGACACCCACACUCACACACACACACACACUCUAUACUACACUAUUUUGUGGAUACCAAUAAAAUGUAAUAAUUCGUAAAUAACAAAAA